AAGCCGUUUUCGCCGGGUAGUCCUUCGAUCGUCGGAUCCUCCGAGUAGUCAGUCUAUUCCGCAGUGUGAACUCUAGUUUGCGGCCCCCAUGAAAGUGGGUCUCUAGCAGCAUGAACUCUCGAUCUGAUCCAUCCACUCAGUCUCUGACGGUGUCUAGUUCUUCACGAGAUGGAAAAAUUGCGGAAUCUGUGAUGAGUGACCGUGGUGUCGGAUGCGUUUGACCUGGUGGGCCGUUUUUGGGACUUAUAGAAAAGAUGAGGUUCCUGACUUGGGGUUUGGCGCUGUUUUUGACUUUUGAUGUCAAUUGUGUUUUGGGGGGAAUAUGGAACAUAUAUGAUCUACAAUACUGGAGAUGUCUCCUCAAAAAGACUAAUCAAUGUCCAGAUAACGAUAUCAAAUUUUAUCUUUAUACCCACGACACUGGAAAAACGCGCAUGAGAAUAGAUAUAAGGAAUCCAUAUUCCCUCAAACUAAGUGGAUGGAGUCCACACAAGAAAAAUGUUCUUAUAAUACAUGGUUUCAAUGGAACCGAAAGUAAAACCCCUAUGACUAUACUUAGAAAUGCAUAUCUUUCCCGCCAUGAUUACAACAUUUUUACGGUCGACUGGAAGCCUUUGACCAGAUUUCCCUGCUACUUAUCUGCUCUAUCGAACACAAGACUGGUGGCGCAAUGUACUGCGAAGUUAUAUGCUUUCAUGAUGGACAAUGGGGCAGCAGCUGAAGACACAACUUGCGUUGGACAUUCCUUGGGGGCCCACAUUUGUGGCAUGAUCAGCAACCACCUCAACGUGAAACAACAUCGGAUAGUCGGAUUGGAUCCUGCAAGGCCUCUGAUAGAUCGAUACGCUGAUAAUGUGUGGAUGUUGACAAGAGAUGAUGCCCACCAAGUACUCGUUGUACACACGAACGCUGGAUUUUUGGGGGAGGUCAAUCAAAUUGGGCACGUUGAUUUUUGCGUAAACGGGGGAAGAAUGCAACCCGGCUGCAAGGGUCACAGAUUAAGAAGAUCUCGUUGUAGUCAUUUCCAAAGUGCCUGUUACUUCGCAAACACAGUUCGUAAAACGAACUCUUCAAUAGCUUAUCCAUGCAGCUCUGAAUGUCCUAAAAUGGACAGAAACCAUUGGGGUAUACUUUCACGAGAAGGCAUUCCAAUGGGUGAAGAUACUCCCUACGGAGUGAGAGGAAUGUAUUGCAUAGAUACCAAAUCCAACACAGACUGCCCCUUUGACUAGUAUUUAUUUUUUAAUUCUUAUUUAUUUUGUUUUGAAUAAAAUGUUAUUUCCAUGU